AUGUCUCAGGAGAAUGACACAUGGAAGAAAGAGGUCCUGUGGGAUGAGUUCGCUGCCAUAAGGCUGCAGAAGCUGGAACAACAGCGGCGGUUAUUUGAGAAGAAGCAGCGACGGAAGCGCCAAGAGUUCCUCAUGGUUCAGGCCAAUCCUGACGCUUCCUUUCGGUCUCGCCGACCGCGAGUGCGGUCGGAGCGUCUCGCAGGUGACAGCGCCCUCGGGAACCCUUUCCUCCGGGAGAAAGUGCCAGAGGCACAUCUGCACUCUGGUACCCACGAUGCUCUGGGCAUUGUGAGCUGUGGUGGAGAUGGAAGCGACGAGCGCAGCCCCUUGGUAUCGCCCAGUGAAGCGGACGGUUUCUAUCCGGAGUUGGAGGAGGUCUUCGUGGAGGACGUUCCUGCCUCUCCCCCUCCUUUUAAAGAGCUUCCAGGGAUAAGACGCAGAGGUUGGCCACCCCGACAAGGAUUUGGGUCCAGUGCAGAGGACAAGAACAAAUCCCAGAAUGUUGGAGAUGAAUACGAGUUGUCUAGUGUGGAACCAAACCCUGGAAAGGAUAGUGAUUUGAGAAGAGGAGCCUUGGCCUCCAACAGGGGAGAAGACCUGGAAGAAAAUAAAGAAGAAUCGGAGUCUGCAGUGAGGAACUUCCCAGGGGUGGCCUCCGAGGUGUCCGAAGCCCUGGAAAGCGAGGACAGCGCGGGCUUCAGCGAUGUGGGGAGCUCGUCCCUGUCGUCUCUCCCCGCCCCAGGCCCUCAGCUGGGCGAGGACAUGGAAGCCUAUGUCCUGCGGCCAGCGGUGCGCGGCUGCACGGUGCAGUGUUGCAUCAGUCGCGACAAGCGCGGUGUAGACAAGAGCAUGUUCCCUUUCUACUACCUCUACCUGGAAGCGAUCGAUGGCCACGGCCGGAAGCACUUCCUUCUCGCUGGCCGCAAGAGAAAAAGGAGCACAACCUCUAAUUACCUCAUCUCCCUCGACCCCACUGACCUGUCUCGAGAUGGGGACAACUUUGUGGGCAAAGUCAGAUCUAAUGUCUUGGGCACCAAGUUCACCAUCUUCGACAAUGGGGUGAACCCUGAAAAAAAGUAUUUAAUCCCGGAGACUGCUCGGAUCAGGGAGGAGCUCGGCGUCGUGUAUUAUGAGACCAAUGUCUUGGGAUUCCGAGGGCCCCGGAAAAUGACUGUGAUCAUUCCAGGAAUUGAUGCCCAGAACCGGAGAAUCAGCAUCCAGCCACAAAAUGAACAGGAAUCAGUUAUGAGUAGCCUCCGACAGGGGACCAACCAGGGGCUGGUCCUUCUGAAAAACAAGGCUCCAUCCUGGAGCAGUGAGACGGGCGCCUAUGUGCUCAAUUUUCACGGUCGAGUCACUCAGGCCUCGGUCAAGAACUUCCAGAUCGUGCACCCGGAAGACCCGGACCACUUCGUGCUUCAGUUCGGCCGCGUGGCCGCAGACUUGUUCACCAUGGACUUCUGCUUCCCGCUUUGCCCACUCCAGGCCUUUGCCAUCUGCUUGUCCAGUUUCGAUGGGAAACUGGCGUGUGAGUAA